CCGGAAGUGACGCGAGGCUCCGGCUCCAGGCUGGACGCCCGCAUUCUCUCAGGGCCGCACCCUGAGUCAACCCCGGGCAGCAUGGCUCUGCAACUUCUGUUCCUCCUCGUCUUGCAGGCCGGGAGCUGGGCUGAGAUGAGCCCCGCGGAUCUGGAGCUGUCUUCGGUGCCGAUACCAACCAAUAUUAAAUUUGAGGCCUAUAACUUUAAUACUGUCCUAUUUUGGGACUACCCAACCAUGCCACAGACCCCUGUUUUUACUGUACAGGUAAAGAACUAUGGGUAAGUGGAAGCAAUAUGGAUUGAUGCCUGCAAUACCUCUCAUCAUUAUUGUAAUAUCUUUUCUGUAAUUAAUGAUCCAUCACUUUCUCUGUGGGCCAGAAUUAAAGCUAGGCUUGGACAAAAAGAAUCAGCCUAUGUAGAGUCAAAAGAAUUUAUUUUAUGUAAACAAGGGAACAUCGGACCACCUGCAGUGGGUAUCAGAAAGAUGGAAAACCAAAUCAUCAUUGACAUAUUUCACCCUUUAACUAAUAUAAGUGGAAGAGAGCCAGUACCCAUCUAUGAUGAAAAUAAUUGUCACAUAUUCAUGUACACGGUGGAUUUGAGAAUAAAUGGAAGUAAGACCACGUAUAAAAUGAAAGUAGAGAAUGAAAAUGAUUGCAAUGAGACUCAGUGCCACCUCGUUAUCCCGGUGUCCUCCCUGAAUUCUGACUACUGUAUUUCAGCAGAAGGGGAAUCAAAAGAUUGGUCUGUUAAAACUGAGAUGUCCAAAGAACUUUGUAUUACCACUUCUGAUGAUAACCGCAUGGAAGAUUCUAUUUGGAUUCCAAUUGUUGCUGUUCUCCUACUUUUUCUAGUACUUAUCCUGGUAUUUGUCUGUUGUUACACUAAGAAGAUGAAUCCGUGUAAGAGGGAGAGCAUCAUGUUACCCAAGUCCUUGCUGUCUGUGGUAAAAAAUGCCUCUUCAGAGACAAAAUCUGAAUCAAAAUGUAUAUCACCCAUCACCUACCAACCGAUUGCCCCAGAAAAUGAGAAGAUGGUCUGGGAAGAGCAGUUGUCUCCAGCAACACUUGGUACGCCCACUGAAGACAACCUAGGAAAAAUGGAACACCGAGAAGACGUUUCCAGUGAAAUAGAAGUGGUGACCACUGAAGAAAAUACUUCUGACGUGGCUCCUGGUAGUCCUCUGACCCCAGGAAUGAGAGAGAAUUCUGUCCAUCCAAAUAGUAACCAGUCUGAACCCUGUGUCGUCACCUUAAACUCCUUUCACUCCAGAAAUGGUUCUGAUAGUGGCGUUGUGGAAUCUGACAGCUUCUUAUCUGACUCAGAAUUUCCCCCAAAUAAUAAAACCGAAAUAAAGACCGAAGGACAGGAGUGCGUGGUGCUGAGAAACACUACCACCUCCUUUGGUUACGACAAGCCGCAUGUGUUAGUGGAUCUGCUUGUGGACGAAAGUGCUAAGGAAUCCUUGAUUGGUUAUAGACUGACGGCAGAUUCCAAAGAGUUUUCCUAAGGGCAACGAAGACGUGCCAACUUUGAAGGAUCGGCUUUUCCCAAACAGGUUUUCCGCUUUGAUUUCACGAAAGGAUCAUUCUUUCAGAAAUUGUGUCUUUGUCGAUAUUAACCAAGUAAGAGUAUCUAGGUUUACAUAAAUUGCCAAGAGGCUCUUUGGCACUGUGAAAUUUGGUCUGAAAACUGCAAAGGCUUUUGAAAUUUUCCAUCUAGGUGGGCUGUUAGUUAACAGUGAAAACUCUUUUAAGAACCCUGCUUCUUAUGAUAGUAGGUGAGAUACCCCAGGGUCCUUUCUAAUCACUUCCAAGACCUAGAAUAGACUUUUUUUCUUUUCUGUGUCUCAGCUUGGUAUUUGUUUUUGGAACUCUACGAGAUAUAUAUAUAUAUAUAUAUGUACAUAUAUAUAUAUUUUUUUUUAAUAGAGCAUGAGAGCAUGAGU